UGGACGCUCAAGGCGGCCUUGACAGGAGUAUAUGUUUGAUGUAUGAUCUCUUUUAUCCAUUGCAUGAUUGUGAACAUCUCUCCUAAAAAGUAAUUCAGAUGCACCACUGCGCGGCUGGCUGUCAUGCUGCAGCAGUUAUGUUCCUGUGAGAAAAUCGUGACAAAGUAGUUGAUUGCCUUCCACUGCGUGCACCUUCAAUGAAACAUUUCCAAUUUCAGCGUACUUGGAGCACUACUCUUUAUCUCUUACUGUACGAACUCCUGGGCGCUGUUUUAUGCACACCACUGUUAUUUGUGAAUGGAAAGACGAUGUGUCCAUGUAAGAAACAUGCUUGCCAAACAGCCUCCAAGCUUUGAAAGCUAAAAUGUGUUGCUGAUCAAUGAAUACUCCUGCCAAAUCUAAUUGUAUGAAGCUAUCAGCACAGCAGCGAAUCUCCUUCCAUGGCAUCCUGGCGCUGUUACUUUGAUGAUAUUCAUAAACCCUCCAACACUAUUCCUUUCAUUCCCAUUGAACCUUGAACAAUCAAAGGCCUACAUUGUCUAGAGGGACCUGUUUAGCUAGUCUUUGGACCCAUUCUUUUAAAUUCUGGUGUAUUCACGAAGCUACAUAAUGAGACCCUUUCCCUCUCCUCUCUCGUAUCGCCAAGACUGAUAUUACGCUAUCCAAUCUUUGGUUUUGGACCAUCAAUUCACUUAUUGUGGUUUGAGUAGGAUAGGACAGUUCCCCUCACAUUUUAUAAGCCAACUAUCAACCAUGGCCGCGAAUCGAGCAAACCCACUUCCACCACCACCUCCCACUAUAGACCUUGGUACGAAAAGAAUAUUGCCUGGUGUUGGAAGGGACGGCUGGAAUCCAAUACAGGCUGGUGAAAGAAUUAUUGUGGAAGUGAACUGGCGCAUGCGGGACGAACUAGCAUUUGCGGAGCCUGGUGUCCCCCAGCUUCUAGAUGCCAGGAUGCAAGUUCGAUGGACUAGAGCAAGCGAAAUUGGGCCUGAGAACGGAGACAGACAAUGGAAUUCAGCGCAGAUGGUCGCAUCAACUCUACGUCUUCAGAGUCCCACAAUGCUCAAAUCCUAUUCUAUGCCAUCCUCUCGCAUCGAUGGGGUAAGAAAGAAGUAACGUUUCAAGAUAUAAGCCUUACGAGGCGCCAAUUGUAUCAAGCUGGAAGGUUUUGUGAAAUCAAAGGAUCUUAACAUAAAAUUCUGAUCGUGAAUCUGAUACUUAGGUUCUGCAUAACUCCGAUUAAAUCCCAUGCUCCUGCGAGAGAAAUGAUAUAAAAAGGCUUGAAAGGCACUUGUCUCAAUGUUCUAUCCAUAUUGGAAUUUGUUUGAUUGGUUUGCAGGCUAAAAUUUGAAAGGGUACGAGAAAUAUUCACUUGAACCUGAGCUCUGUCAUGUACGUAGACUAAGCUACUCCUCAACUUGUCGCCUUUGUUAAUAACAGUUAUACCAGAAGCAGA